UAUAGAAAUGGUCUUUCAAUUCCUUUAUUUACGGUGACACCUUUCCUCCAAAACACAAGAUCAACGAAAAUAGUUGCGCUUUUCCAUACUUCUCAACAUGGCAUAUCUAAUGGGACAAUCAUUUACCAUCUCCAAACAUCAAACAAAAUUCUCAACGUACAAAACAUACAUACGAACUGAUCAUAAAAAAUGUCAAGUGACAGUGAUGAAGAUGAGCUCUUACAAAUGGCAUUACAAGAGCAAGCAACAGGCAAAAAACCACCAGAGCAACCGCCAAUGCCGAACCCGAAGAGCACCAGCAGAGGAAGUACUGGUGGUGCAACGCGGAAUAGAAAAGUGCAGCAGAAGCAGAGGAAAGGAGUGGAAGAGGAUGAAGAUGAUUCGGACUUGGAGAUACUCAGCAUUUCAUCUGGGGAUGAUCAGGAACAAUCGUCGUCUAAGGAACGUAGUAAAGGAGUGUCGAAAAGAAGGGCAGCAAGUAGAGGAGGGAAGGAUGAUGAUGAAUUGUGGCAAGGUGGUGAACCUGAUUGCUGGAAGCGCGUUGAUGAAGACGAGCUAAGACGUCAUGUUCGGGAGAUGAGGGAGACUAGAGCAAUUCCAGCCACUCAAAUUAAGGCUGAGGAGGAGAAGAUGGCAUUGGCAAAGAAGGCACUUCAGAGUUUGCAGUCUUUCCCUCGUGGAAUGGAAUGCAUAGAUCCUCUAAGAUUGGGGAUAGUUGACAAUAGAACAUUAAGGAUGAUCAGUGAGCACUCAUCAAGUUCCCCAUCUGUAGGUGAUAAGGAUCAUGUAGACCCCAAAACACGCGAGAGGUUGAAUUAUUUCUCUGAGAAGUUUGACUCAAAGUUGUUUCUAUCCCGAAUCCACCAAGAUACUAGUGCAGCAGAGUUAGAGGCAGGUGCUAUUUCUUUGAAAACUGAUCUUAAAGCACGUAUGCAACAGAAAAAACAAUUGGUCAAAGAGAAUUUUGAUUGCUUCGUAUCUUGCAAAACGACGAUUGAUGAUAUUGAAUCAAAGUUGAGACGCAUUGAGGAAGAUCCUGAAGGUUCUGGAACUAAACACUUAUAUGAUUGUAUGCAAGGAAUCAAUUCAGUUGCUAACCGUGCUUUUGAGUCACUAUUUGAAAGACAGGCUCAAGCUGAGAAGAUAAGAUCUGUUCAAGGAAUGCUUCAGAGGUUCCGAACAUUGUUUAACUUGCCAAGUACCAUUCGUGAAAGCAUUAGUAAGGGUGAAUAUGACCUGGCAGUGAGGGAGUACAGGAAAGCGAAGUCAAUUGUGCUGCCUUCUCAUGUAGGAAUUUUGAAGCGUGUCGUUGGGGAGGUUGAAAAAGUUAUGCAAGAGUUUAAAGGCAUGCUUUACAAGUCUCUGGAAGAUCCACAUAUUGAGCUGACAAAUCUUGAAAAUAUAGUGAGGCUCUUGUUGGAGUUGGAACCUGAAUCAGAUCCUGUAUGGCACUACUUAAAUAUACAGAACCACAGAAUUCGAGGCUUGCUUGAGAAAUGCUCUUUAGAUCACGAAGCAAGGAUGGAGAAUUUACAGAAUAAGAUGAGAGAAAGAGCUUUAUCUGAUGCAAAAUGGAGGCAAAUUCAGCAAGAUCUGAACCAUUCCUCAGACAUUGAUUACUCUGCAUCUCUUGGAAGUACACAUCUUCCUGGUGAUUCGGAACCAUUAGAGAUGGCCGGUGAACAAGGUGAUGCUCUUAGAGGAAAAUAUAUACGUAGGUUGACUGCUGUUGUUAUCCAUCAUGUGCCUGCCUUCUGGAAAGUUUCUGUUUCGGUUUUCAGUGGGAAAUUUGCAAAGGGUUCCCAAGUGUCUUCUGAUUCAAAUGUCAAUGUCUCUGCAAAGAAAACUGAAGAAAAAGUGGGAGAUGGAAAGUAUUCAAGUCAUUCUCUUGAUGAAGUUGCUGGGAUGUUGCAGAGUACUUUAUCAGCUUAUGGAUCCGAGGUUCAGAACACAUUUCGGGAUCUUGAAGAAUCAAAUAUUCUUUGCCCGUACAUGAGUGAUUCCAUAAAAGAGAUAUCUAAAGCAUGUCAUGCUUUUGAAGCCAAAGAAUCAGCACCUCCAGUUGCUGUUACGGCAUUGCGCACACUUCAGUCUGAGGUCACAAAAAUUUAUAUAUUGAGGCUCUGUUCUUGGAUGCGUACUACAACUGAGAAGAUAUCAAAAGAUGAGACCUGGAUCCCAGUAUCUAUUUUAGAAAGGAACAGAUCUCCAUAUACAAUUUCUUCCUUGCCUCUGGCUUUCCGUUCAAUUAUCACAUUUGCAAUGGAUCAGAUCAAUUCAAUGAUUCAGUCUUUGAGGAAUGAGGCUAUGAAGUCAGAGGACAUAUUCUUGCAGCUUCAAGAAAUUCAGGAAUCUGUUAGACUUGCCUUUUUGAACUGUUUGCUUAAUUUUGCCGGCCAGCUGGGCCACACUGGCAAUCAGCUUCUGAACGAAUAUGACAGAGAAAGUUUACAUUUUCAAAACGGACAUGCUGAACCAGAAGAAAAAUCAUCGGAUCCUCUUCCAGGAAGUAUAGUUGAUCCACAACGGCAAUUGCUGAUGGUCGUAAGUAAUAUUGGAUUUUUCAAAGAUGAACUUGCUCAUGAAUUGUGCAGCAAGUACAGACGAACUUGGCUGCAGUCGAGGGGCAAGGAUGAAGAGGACAGUGAUAUGCAAGAUCUAAUUGAGUCUUUCUCUGGGCUUGAAGAAAAUGUUCUUGAGCAGUAUACUUUGGCAAAGACAAAUUUGUUUAGAACAGCUGCUGUAAACUAUUUAUUGGAGGGUGGUGUACAAUGGGGUGCUGCACCAGCAGUUAAGGGGGUACGAGAUGCUGCAGUGGAUUUGCUACACACUUUAGUUGCUGUACAUGCAGAGGUAUUUGCUGGUUGUAAGCCUCUGCUGGAUAAGACACUUGGUAUUCUUGUUGAAGGCCUAAUAGACACUUUCUUAAGCCUUUUUCAUGAAAACCAAGAUACAGAUUUUGCAGUAUUAGACGUGAAUGGCUUUUGUCAGCUUAUGCUUGAGCUUGAUUAUUUUGAGACCAUAUUGAACCCUUAUUUCACACAUGAAGCAAGGGAGUCUCUAAAAAAUUUACAAGGGGUCCUCUUAGAGAAAGCAACUGAGAGUGUCCCAGACACUAUUGAGACUCCAAGUCAUAGUCGCCGGCCAACACGUGGAAAUGAUGAUGUACUUCAGGAUGAAAUGCAGCAAGGGGGGACUAUAUCACCGGAUGACCUGAUUGCUCUUGCGCAGCAGUAUAGUUCUGACCUACUUCAAUCUGAACUUGAGAGGACUCGAAUCAAUACAGCAUGCUUUGUGGAGUCAAUUCCUCUGGAUUCUGUCCCAGAUUCAGCAAAAGCAGCUUAUGCUUCUUUUAGAGGAUCAACAGAUUCUCCCGGUAGAGGAUCUCAAAAUGUUGGACCCGCGAGCUACUCCAAGCAAAGACGCAGAUAGAUCAGAAGUAUCCAUUUUCUUUUCUCGAAGUCUACUCCAAUAAUGCUUGUGCAGUUGAUUUAUAGUAAAUUUACAUUCUUUUAUCGGAUGGGAGGGACAUUUUGCUAAUAAUUUAACUAUAAUCACAGCUUCAUUUUAAUUUCAGCGUUGCUGAUAAUGAAACCAUAAUCACAGUCCUCAUUAUAAAUUAGUUGGCUUUUCCAGGUUGAGUUGAUUUUAACAGUAUCAAGGAUGAUUAGCAGUUGGAUGACAGUCAUGUCCUAUGUAUAAUGUGUUCCGGUUUUCGUUCCAUAUUUCAAGCUGCACAGUGGGGCGCUUCAUUUAGCUGUGAAACACAUAAUCUUCUUGGAGAAAGGAUUGGUCUUCAUUAAAUCAGCAUAAUAAUGAUGGGAAAACUAGGAAUUGCUCCUUGGAAAUAUGUUAUUCUCAAAAGCCCAUUCAGUUUCUGCAUUUUCUUGCCAGAAAGUCGAGGUGAAACUGGAGAGUUACUUGCAGUUUCUCUUGUUUCAUCAUCCAGUUCAUGCAAUGGUACAUCCUUCUUAAACUUAGUGAUGGUAUUGAAAGUUGCCAUCGUUCAUGCAAUAUGUGAGCAGAAAAUACUUUUGAUAUUGCACAAUUUUGGGUUUCAUUUUUCAUUUUUCAGAUUCACUAAGCAUUUGUAAUGAAGGAAAUGUUCCUACAUAGUAUAUACUCGGUAGGAAGGGCGUUAAAGUUUUAUGAAGCUACUUCUUGUUUUA